AUGCGCGUUUCAAUUAUCUUUUCCUCCUGCAUAUCUUUUCUCUGGAUUGUUGAGGUUAGCGCUCUAAUACAGAGACAAGAAAUCGUCCAAACCUACAAUGUUUACCGUAACGCUAGUUCCGCAACUACACCUCUGCAAGUUGGCAACGGUAAUUUCGCAUUUGGUGUCGAUGUGACGGGACUCCAGACCUUCCAUCCUUUUGCAACCAUGACAACAUGGGGCUGGCAUAAUUUCAGUUUGCCAACAACUCCAAAUCAAACAUCUGUGGAAGACUUUACCGGUUUGGGCUGGUGGUCCCAUGGACGGCUUGUGAACUAUGACCAGCCCAACCCAGCUGAGGCGGAUAUAUCAAAUUGGCUAAUCCAGAAUCCUCAACGCUUGAAUCUGGGUAAUAUUGGGUUUUGGUUCGCGAACGCGAACGUUACGGAAGGUAACUUGGAGCAGAAAAGUCAGGUUCUUGAUUUAUGGAACGGCGUAAUCACUUCAACGUUUCUGUACAAUGGCCGUCAAGUCCGGGUUGAGGUAUCAGCUGCGUCAGACGCUGAUAUUGUCAUAAUCAAUGUGGAGUCUGAACUGCUGAGUGCCGGCGCAUUAGGUUUGUUUUUCGACUUUCCAUAUUCAGAUGUGAACAAAUUCGAUGCGCCAAUUGUCGGCGUGUGGAAUGCCAGCAGUAAACACUCUACAUCUCUUGAUGCAGCGGAUAACGAGGCCGUUAUACAACAUACUCUAGACGAUACUAGCUACUGUUUUACCGCGAGAUGGGAGGGGAAAGGUCAGGUAUCGGGCCCCAAGGAGGCUACGCAUCGAUACUUUCUCACAACUCCAGGCUCCAGCAAUUUGAAAAUGACAGCGACGUUCUCGGAUGAUGCAAGCUGUGGUAAAGCUGGAAACAUGAGUGCACCAUCUGUGGCUGAUCUUACUGAUAGCUCUAAGACGUGGUGGCAGACUUAUUGGGAAUCGGGAGCAUUCAUUGACUUGAGUUCUGUUGACUCUGCGAAUGCAACUGAGCUCCAGCGUCGAACUAUUCUAUCUCAAUACCUGUUAGCAGUCAAUUCGGCUUCAGACUUCCCACCUCAAGAAUCUGGUCUUGUAAAUAAUGGGUGGUAUGGAAAAUUUCACCUUGAGAUGGUCUUCUGGCAUCUUUUGCAUUUUUCCAGAUGGAAUCAUUUCGACCUUGUUUGGCGAAGCAUGCCAGGAAUGUAUGAGAAGUUCCUUGAAUCUUCGCUCGACAGGGCCAGACUUCAAGGAUAUGAGGGCGCUCGAUGGGGGAAAAUGACCGACCCAACCGGCCGUAGCGCGCCUGGAGGCAUCAACUCUCUUUUGAUCUGGCAGCAACCGCAUCCGAUGUACUUUGCUGAGAUCGAACACCGAUCGUUCCCGAAUGACACGACACUUGAAAGAUGGGAUGAGGUAUUGACAGCUACAGCAGAUUUUAUGGCGUCUUUUGCGUGGUAUAAUGCCACUACUGGAGUCUAUGAUUUGGGUCCACCAAUGUAUCCUGUCUCUGAGAAUACGAGUCCAAAUGCGACAAUCAACCCAACCUUUGAGCUGGCGUACUGGAGAUUUGGUCUUGAUGUAGCUGUGAGCUGGAAAGAGCGUCAGGGGAAGUCUAUCCCUGAGAAUUGGAAGAACGUGCGGGAAAAUCUUGCUCCCCUGCCCAUCGUCAACGAUACAUACCCCGUGUAUGAGGGUAUUCCUAAUAUGUGGACAGACAACGAAACAACAUCGGAUCAUCCAGCAAUGGCGGGUAUAUAUGGAUGGCUCCCACCCCCUAGCUCCCCGCCCCUCAACAUGACCAUUGUUAGUAACACUGCCUCCAAAAUCCACUCUCUUUGGGAUUUAGAAGAUUCAUAUGGUUGGGACUUUGCUCUACUGGCCAUGAACUCUCUCCGUCUAGGCGACACAGACCAAGCAAUAGAGUACCUGUUACAUCCAAUCUUUCAGUUCGACGACGCUGGAUAUCCCGUAGGAGGAUCACGCGUGCCAACUCCGUACUUCCCGAAUGCGGGGGGAUUAAUGCUUGCUUUGGCUAUGAUGGCAGGGGGGUGGGAUGGUGAGCCUGGAAUGCAUUUCCCCGAGGGUUGGGAUGUCAAAGUGGAGGGAUUUGUGCCGGGUUUGUAG